AUGUGGGGGAGUUUGUCAAACAUGGCUUCACGACUUGCCGCCAUAUUGUUGUGGUUUGGUGGAUGUGUGUUCGGGCUUCGAGAUAUACAGCUUAGUGUGCCAGAAGCUGUGGGCAUCGGAUCCAGCGCUACUCUUGGCUGUAGAUGGGCUCUUGAUACUGGAGAAGCCCUAUACACUGUCAAAUGGUAUCAUGGUGCUCAGGAGUUCUUCCGAUUCGUCCCAAAGGAACUACCUAAUACCAGAGUUUUUUCACAAACUGGAAUAAGCGUUGAUGUAUCUCAAUCUGGUGCUCACCAAGUCGUGCUGGGUGGUGCAACACGAAGUCUUAGUGGAAGAUAUCGUUGUGAAGUUUCUGCGGACGCUCCUUUCUUCCACACUGUCUAUAAAAGUGCAUUUAUGCGAGUUGUUGAAUUGCCCGAGUCAGGUCCGUUAGUUCGAGCGCAAAAAAGUUGGUACUCUGUGGGCGAUAUGCUACGUGCCAAUUGUACGUCUCCACCCUCCGACCCGCCGGCAAACCUGACUUGGCUAAUUAAUGGAUAUGAGGUAAAAGGACUUGAUAUUCCACCUCACGAGAAUUAUCCAGCACGACAGCAGAUAAGCGACGCAUCGCUAGAAAACGCAAAUAGAAUAAUAUUCAGCCCAUGGGAUACACUCCCCGGUUACGAAGAAACAGCGACUGAAAUAAUAGACAUUCCAGACAUGGAUGGCGUGCUUAAUGCAAACUAUAAAAAGAAGUCUGAAAGCACAACUAAACUCGUGCCUCGACUUGAACUAUUUCCAACAAGAAACAUUAGCAUGGAAGAAGAGAAAUCUAAUAAGUCUUCCUCCUUCAGUCAACUUGUUAUGCGAGUUCAAACGUCACAUUUUUAUAAGGGCCAUUUAAAUGUUACUUGUGUGGCUCGGAUUCUUUCUGUAUGGUCAGCGAGUGGCGCAAUCUUGUUAGACGAAGAGCGACCUCAAAUAGCGCCAGUAAUGGGAAGUCGGGACACUAAUGAUGAUCAUGAGUUGUUUUUACAUAGCACGAGGGUUUUUCAUUUAAAAGUUAUAAAUGUCUUAAAAAUUGUUAAGCAACUUAGUACUAAAAGAAGAAACAAAAUAACCUUUAUAUUGUUAUAG